AUGUCCGACUCCCCCGAGUCCGAUGUCUCUAACCCCGUUCACCCUCGACCCGCCAUGCCCUUCCCCUCUUGCAAGUCCGAAUGCAUCGCCGAUAGUCUCGCUACCGUACGCGAGGAUGGUGAAAUGCAAUACAAUUCAACCCCCGGAAGCUGGAAUGACGGUCUUCAAUCUGCCGCCAUCGAACAUCUGGUCACUCUCAAGCAGGGCCUGAGGACCUCCGACACCGAGCUGUUCUGGAAACGGCUCAUGGAGGAUAUCACCUCCAUCAGCAAGGCUCAAUAUGGCUUUGUCGCCCGUCGUGUCCAUGGUGGUGAGCCCAUGCCCGAGCUGGGCGGUCGACGACCUAACCUCUUCGGUGCUGCAUUCUACUACAACGAUGGCUACCAAAACGUGGGACUCCAGCGCGACCGGUAUUUCGCUGGCGGGAAUCCUCUGCUGCAUAUGGAUCACGAAAGGCCGUGCUUGAUCCCUGAAAACCUCAAAUCCUUGGCUUCCUUUGGAGAUGAUCAGUUGCCCUUUGGUGCGGAGGCGUAUCUAGCCAUCCCACUUUUUUCGGCUGGCAAGUGCCGGGCGCACCUGGGCUUGAUGUGGUCCAAAGAAGGACUCAAAAACCGAAAUCUCUCAUGGUCUUUUCUUGAAGUCAUCUUGCAUUCCCUGGAGGACCUGAUUGUUCAACAUCUGUCCUUGCAAGAAACCGCCCCCGACCAUGAGAAAUCUGAGACUCCCGAGGUCCACUCUGCGACCGUCCAAGCUUCGCAGAAUGGCCACCAACCCAACACCCCCGAUUUUAACUCACAACCCCUGAAACCAUACGCUCGCAGUUUAUCACACGAGCUACGAACCCCGAUGCAAGGCGUCGUCGGCAUGUUGGAUGUUAUGCAUGCCACGGUGCGCGAGGCCAUGGAGAGCAAGACUCCCGUGAAGUCCGGUGGCAUCUUUCAAGCCCUGAAGGAAGGUAUUGAGAUGGUCCAAGAUAGUGCCCGGCGUGCUGUUGAAGCCGCUGACAAUGUGGUCCAUGCUUAUGAUCUUAACAUGCAAGUCCCCAAGACACCGCAGCGGGAACAGGAGAACGAGAUUCUGAUGGAUCCUAUUCCACCGGUGGACUUGACGGAAAGCCGACCGAGCGUCUUCAUCGAAGGGAGUAACAUCGCUAGAACGCGAGCAGCAUCUUCGCGGCAAGAGCUCUCACCCCGCAGUGAAGAAGUUAAGAACGCCGUCCACGAGAGCGACCAGAUCGUUCAUGCUACCCCCGCACGUCAGAUAGAAGCGGUUAUGGCCAACAUGGUUGAUCCACGGCCGUCCAUCUCUGCCCGACGUUCAGCACCUCAUCUGCUCCUUGAAGGCAUUAAUGUGAAUAGGAGCUCGGCCUUGCGUUUCACCAAGUUGCGAGAUCUUCUACGCCUGGUCAUCAACGAAUCACUUCACGUUGGUGGUCGGCCUGAUUCAGCAGUCAGUCACGCGACCGAGUUUGGCGAGAAAAUUGAGAUUCGGUCUCGAUCCUCGAACGGCUUGAUCUUUACCAAAACUGUGGAUUGGUCUGUUGACCCCGCGUUACCCGACACCCUUCUUGCAGAUGACCGAGAUCUGGCCAAACUUAUUUCUUGUGUUUUUCUGAAUGCUAUCAAAUUCACAAAUAACGGCACAAUUGCUGUAUGUGCGACUGUUGAUCAGAAGAAAAACGAUGUUCUGAUUAGUGUGAGUGAUACUGGUCCUGGAAUUCCAGCUGCAUUUCUGCCCAGUCUCUUCAAACCCUUCGCUCGAGAGGAUGCCUCGACCACUCGCAGCAAAGAUGGACUGGGGCUUGGUCUUCUGGUGGCCAAGGGUCUUUCAAGAAAGAUGGGAGGUGAUCUGAUCUGUGUAAGGUCAUCGACAACCGGGCCCAAUCAUGGCUCGGUGUUCCAGAUCCGAGUCCCCGUGAACCAACGUGAGGCUUGCAACCGCCCUGGAACACCAAAUGAGAGGAUGAUGACCCCGCCCAUAAUCAAUGAUCACUCUCGACAUGGGAGCGCCAGUAGCUUCGUCUGGGAAGCCCAGUCCUCAUCCUCGAUGUCUCCCUCCGUCAUUCAAAACCGCCAGCUGCAACAGCCGACCCCAAGCACUGCCGAUGGCCAUUCAUCUCAGAGCCCAACUCCCCCACAGCCGGCAGAUUCCCAACCCGGUCGCCGACAGAUUUCUGGUGACACGUACGACAACAAACUAGGAGAGAAGCAUCCCCUACGUUUUCUCGUGGCAGAGGACAAUCGCAUCAACCGACGUGUCCUGGUGAAUAUGCUCCGUAAACUCGGUUAUCGCGAUGUACUUGAGGCCGCAGAUGGCAGGGAGGCUGUUCGAAUCGUUCAAGAUAUUCUCUCUACCUCAGGCUCAGCCCCAAAUUCAGCAGAAACUAGCCCCGUCGAGACGAAUAUGCCUGCUCCGCCGGUCGUGGCGGAGAUCAAGCCGAUCGAUGUAGUAUUGAUGGAUCUUUGGAUGCCCGAAAUGGAUGGUUAUGAGGCAACAUCUCGAAUUCUACAGAUGGUAAGCGACCACCAUGCCAAAUCUGCUCUCCCUGUCCAUAGACUUCAACCUGUGACUACCGUCGAGAACCCCGACACCAUGGAAAUGGAUCCUCCGAUAAGCGCGACACAUACACCACGGCCUCCCACUGUUCUUGCCGUGAGUGCCGAUGUCACCGACGAGGCGCUGAACCGCGCUUCGAGAGUCGGAAUCAAAGGCUACAUGACAAAACCAUACAAACUUACCGAUCUUGAAAGGCUCAUCAAAGGAUUCUGCGGUGGUCCAAGUGAUCCUACUGCUGGAAUUAGGAAUCCAUUUUGA